UUGUGGUCCCUACGAGGCAACGCGGGAUGUUGGAAUAAGAUGAUGCGGAGUUAGCUCGUUCACGGUGCGCAAGAAGACGAGACGGGCGCCUCAUUGACAAACUCCGAAAGACGAAUUCGAGGCUUUUAGGGUGUGAAGGUAGGAUGUAGGAGGCGAAUUUUAGCGCGUGUGUUUAUGUUUGUGUGCGUGGGAGAGUCGGGGGAACAGCGGGCGAGCCUCGGCGCCACGUGACGUCACGACGAGCUUCCCCGAAAGUCAAAACAAGCGUUGAUGCGGUAACGGCGCUUCCCCGCUUUUGCUCGUCGGAAACCCGUCAAAAGGAAGAUUCCGCACAUGGGAUUUGGAUUGUAAACAGCGCAAGGACAACCGGUAUAAAACGCCGCUUACUCCUAUGAGCGGCAACUAAAGGGAAAUAAAGAGCCGGGGCUCCGAGGAUCGCACCUGCUGCUUCAGAUCUCGGAACAGCACAGAAUCGAGAUGGGCGUGGCUUGCAUGGUAGAGCGGAGGCCGCCAGCAAUUUGAGGCUGAGUCACUGCCGGUGAGGAGAAAGGUCUGGAGAGGAGGAGGAGGAGGAGGUGGUGGCAGCAGAGGAGGACAACAAGAACUAAAAGAAACGGAGCGAGAGAAAGAUAAAACACAACAGGAAGCACGACGACAGACACACACACGUCGAGUGUUUGUGUCGGCGAGUAAGAGAGACAGACCGCGUGAACGAGAGGGCGAACAGCAAAGGAAGGGAGGGAGAGUGACGCGAGGCUGGGAGAGCCGCCCCCCCCUCCUCCACCUCCUCUCCUCCCCUCCCUCUCGCUCUCUGUGGAGCAGGCGUGUAGCGGCAACACACUCGGCGUGGAGGAACCAUGAGCGAUGUCACCAUCGUUAGAGAGGGAUGGCUUCAGAAACGGGGUGAAUACAUAAAGAACUGGCGGCCACGUUACUUUUUGCUAAAGACGGACGGCUCUUUCAUCGGCUACAAGGAGAAACCUCAGGACGCCGACCUCCCCUACCCGCUGAAUAACUUCUCUGUAGCAAAAUGCCAGCUGAUGAAGACGGAGCGACCCAAGCCGAACACCUUUAUCAUACGCUGCCUGCAGUGGACCACCGUCAUUGAGAGGACCUUCCAUGUGGACUCACCUGAUGAGAGGGAUGAGUGGACAGAGGCCAUCCAGAUGGUCGCAGACAAGCUGCAGAGGCAAGAGGAGGAGAGGAUCCAGUGUAGCCCCACCUCCAACAUUGACAACAUGGUGGAGGAGGAGAUGGACAUCUCCACCACACACCACAAACGCAAGGUUGUAACAAAUACAAUGAGCGACUUUGAUUACCUGAAGUUGUUAGGAAAAGGAACCUUUGGGAAAGUGAUUCUGGUCCGGGAGAAGGCCAGUGGGAAAUACUACGCCAUGAAGAUUCUGAAAAAAGAAGUUAUCAUCGCCAAGGAUGAAGUAGCGCACACCCUCACAGAAAGCCGAGUACUGAAAAACACCAGACACCCCUUUCUCACCUCAUUGAAGUAUUCAUUCCAGACAAAAGAUCGCCUCUGUUUCGUCAUGGAGUACGUUAAUGGAGGAGAGCUGUUUUUCCAUUUGUCCAGAGAGCGGGUGUUCUCCGAGGACCGCACGCGCUUCUACGGCGCCGAGAUCGUGUCGGCCCUCGACUAUCUGCACUCAGCCAAGAUCGUGUACCGGGACCUCAAGCUCGAGAACCUGAUGCUGGAUAAGGACGGCCACAUCAAGAUUACAGAUUUCGGCCUCUGCAAAGAAGGCAUCACGGACGCCGCCACCAUGAAGACUUUCUGCGGCACGCCAGAGUACCUUGCACCCGAGGUCCUGGAGGACAACGACUACGGCCGGGCGGUGGACUGGUGGGGUCUGGGAGUGGUGACGUACGAGAUGAUGUGCGGACGGCUGCCUUUCUACAACCAGGACCACGAGAAGCUGUUUGAGCUCAUCCUAAUGGAGGACAUCAAGUUCCCGCGCACCCUUUCAGCCGACGCCAAGUCGCUGCUGUCCGGCCUGCUCAUUAAAGACCCCAACAAAAGACUUGGUGGCGGACCAGAAGAUGCCAAGGAAAUAAUGAGACACACUUUCUUUGCUGGGGUGGACUGGCAGGAUGUGUACGACAAAAAGAUGGUUCCUCCCUUCAAGCCCCAGGUGACGUCAGAGACGGACACCAGGUAUUUUGACGAGGAGUUCACGGCACAAACCAUCACAGUGACGCCGCCUGAGAAAUUCGACGAGGACGGGAUGGACUGUCUGGACAACGAGAGGCGGCCGCACUUCCCGCAGUUCUCCUACUCUGCCAGCGGGCGGGAAUGAACUUGUCCCCAAUGGUGACAUCAUCACAGCUGGUCUACGAGCUCAUCAGUGCGGGACGAGGACAGCACAGACCCACACUUUCGGACUGAACAACCCCCCUUUUGUCUAGGGGUCCUGUGGGGAGGGGGGCCCCGCCCCUUUCCAGCCAUCCUAUUGGUUCAUGAACGGAGCUCGUUAAGAUACGAACGUCCGGUUAGCCGCGAGCGCUGACGCGGGAGGGGACUGCUGUGCUUUGACGCCUCUGCUCAGCCGUCCCGCCCGUGGCUUGUGGAGGCGGACUGCCACCGGCGGCUUUAUCUCAGGCUUCCUGCGCGCGCCUCAAUCAUUCUGGGGUCCACCGAGGGGGUCCAGCAGGCCACACGUAGGCAGAAUUCCACUCAGGUUCCACUCGAUGCAAUCCAUUCUCCUCGUUGCUGCUAUUCCAACACCCACCACUAGGGACAGGUAAACACCAACCCCAACCCCCCCCCCCCCCCCCCCCCCCCCCACCCUGCUGCUAAUGCGGAGCUACGACACAUCAACAUGGAGUGAAGAAAACAAGAUGUCAGGUGUGCGUGCGAGGAGGUGGAAGGCAGCCAAUCAGAGCACAGCAGUCCCCGCCGAGUCAGCCGUGACGUCAGCGAACACGCUCGCUCCAAUGUUGUCACCCAGGAAGCUUUACGGACCAUCCAUCAAGGUACUUCUUUAUUCUUGCACUCAUACUUUUAUAUUUGACUUUUUUUAAUGCCAACACGCUUUGUUAGGGCUGAGAAACAAAACUAAAGAAUGUAGGAGGACAAAACGUGUCGCGUUCCCUCCGCCAAGGAAUUAUUUAUGAUUUAUUUAUUGUUAUCGGCUCCUUGGGCAACGGUGUUGUCCACUAGAGGGCGCCCGCGAGCACAGGCCUCCACCAAGGUUACUUGAGUGGCUCUUUCUUCUUCCCCCCCCCCCGCCGGUGGAAAAGUGCGAUGAGAACCACAGAACCAAAAUCGGGGCUUUAUGGCACGGGAGCAGAGCGACAAAAGCGGGGCGCACGUCUCCGUCCUGGCUGCUAAGUCAACAAUGAAUGUUUUAUUUAACUUUUAGCUCAACAUCAACCACACUGGACUCUCGCUUUUAACAAACUGAUGCAAAUUAGCUUUACCGCGCACUCGUCCAGUGCGUGAAACGUAAGUCCAGACUAAUAAUAUCAAGACGAUAUUUUGUUUGUACCUUACCUUCUUUUUACACUUGAAUGGAUACUCAAUUGGGAAACAUUGCCCAUGCAGAACAUCAACGGUUCUGUGAUGGCUAAGGUUUGACACUGGAACGGAUCAUUUUGUCAUUUCAGAAGCAGAAGACUUUGGUAUCAGAAGUAAGUCUUGUUGAGGAGGACGGGGGGGAUAGUGUGUGUUUGGCUUCAGAGCAGGGGUAUCCAACAAAUCUAUUCCAAAGUAAAAUCAUGGCAGGAUAAUCUAAAAAUAAAGACAACUUCAGAUUGACUUGUUUAAAAAUAUUCCAGGUACAUUCUGAAAGUUUUCGAACAUCAUUAAUCGUAUUAUUUGUUCUAUCUUCAGUAGUUGUAUUAUACACACUGAAUGAAUGUUAUACAGUGGGGCAAAAAAGUAUUUAGUCAGCCACCGAUUGUGCAAGUUCUCCCACUUAAAAUGAUG